AAGAGCUGCACCACGUACCAACAAGACAUGGACUGACAAUCCAUUUCGCUGUCAAAAAAAAAAAAAAAAAAAAAAAAUUAAGAAAAAAACCCCCCACAGUGAAAAACAAAGUUUUGCCGAAAGGACGCAUUUUGGAUUUUGGGAUGUUUGACAGACUCGGAGUCACGGGCUUUUCUUAUCAUCAAAGGUAGUGGGACGUGGCGUCUGCGGCUCUUAGCUGUAUUGAAGUACAACUUAGGGCUGGUGUGCUGCAAAGAAAGACACUCGUGUUUUUAUUUUGUAUCGUUUCAAUCGUUGUUCCGCGCGUCGACACGUAAAGGACCAACAACCCUGGACUACUGUCUUGAAACAGGAAUGGUUAAUUCUCCCGAAGGAAUAUUCUACAUCGAAAUGGAUCAAGCACCUCCAGCUCUUCCUCCCAGGUCCUCAAAGCCAGUGUCUUCCGCCAUGAACAACAACUGCCUUGCUCCACCUGCGUAUUCGCUGCAGGAUGCUGAAUGGUACUGGGGAGACAUAACCAGGGAUGAAGUCAACGAAAAGCUCCGCGACACACCUGACGGUUCCUUCCUGGUGCGUGACGCAUCCACAAAGAUGCAGGGAGACUUCACGCUGACAUUAAGGAAGGACGGCCACAACAAGCUGAUUAAGAUUUACCAUCGCGACGGGAAGUAUGGCUUCUCCGACCCGCUCACCUUCAGCUCUGUGGUGGAGCUCAUCUGGCACUACCAGCACCAUCCGCUCGUGGAGUACAACGCCACACUGGACUUGAUGCUGACCCAUCCUGUGUCCCGCUUCCAGCAGGAGCAGAUAGUGAAGGAGGACAGUGUUGAUGUUGCCGGGAGAAAACUCAAGGAGUACCAGAAUCAGUAUCAAGAGAAAUCUAAGGAGUUUGAUCGACUUUACGAAGCCUUCACAAAGAUCUCACAGGAGAUUCAGAUGAAGCGGACAGCAAUCGAGGCCUUCAACGAGACAAUGUUGAUCUUCGAGGAGCAGUGUCGUGAGCAGGAGCGCUACGGAGAGGAGUUUGAGAGGAACAAUCAGUCGGAGGGAGCUGAGAAGGAUCUCGAGAGUUUCCUGAUUAAUUACGAGAAGCUGAAGUGCCGCCUUGGAGAGAUCUAUGACAGCAAAGUCCAUCUGGAGGAAGACCUGAGGACCCAGGUGGAGGACUACAGAGAGACAGACAGGAAGAUCAACAGCUUGCGGCCCGACCUCAUCCAGCUACGCAACAUCAGAGACCAGUACCUCAACUGGCUGAAUCACAAAGGCGUCAGGCAGAAACGUAUAAACGACUGGCUGGGGAUACAGAACGACAGCCUCGAUGACACCUACGUGCUGAAGGGAGACGAGGAGAAGCUGCCGCAUCACAACGAGGCGAGCUGGUUUGUAGGUGAGCUGAGCCGGACGCAGGCGGAGGAGAUGCUGCAGGGCAAAGCUCCUGGAACAUUCCUGAUCCGUGAGAGCAGCAAGCAGGGAUGCUACGCCUGCUCUGUUGUUGUGACUGAAGAAGUGAAGCAUUGCAUGAUCUACAGCACACCGCACGGAUACGGCUUCGCCGAGCCCUACGACGUCCACUGCUCGCUGAAAGACCUCGUCCUGCACUACCGGCUCAACUCCCUAGCACAACACAACGAUGCCCUGGAUGUGCGGCUGUCGCACCCCGUGCACGGCACCGCUCCAGCCACACCCUCUCAGCAAACAGAGGAACACAAACUGUUACAGACUCCAAAACACACAGCGGGGCUCCCGCCAGCCGCUCCGGAAAUGUAGUCCAACCGAGAGAGACAAAAAAAAAGGACAUGUUUACUGUAUCCUGCGAGAACGACUGCGUCCAGGUGCAUUGUUCACGGAGAGGAAUGUGUGAAAUUUGCACUAGAGUGAUUCCAGCGGUUUUUGUGAACGGGAUUUCACCGAUUGAAGUGGGAUCGGAACUUGAAUGUCAGCUUGAACUUUUUUUUUUUUUUUUUUUCCAAAUGAGACUGUUUAAUCUUUUAAAAGGUUUUUUUUGUACUUCACAUAUUGCCAUUUGUUUAAUGGACAUCUUUGUGGAUGGGAUGUUGACAAAUAAACAAAAGAAAAUGCUUUCUUGACAUCAGGUGCUACACCUUCCUUUGACUAUAACCUUUACAAUUGGAGUUGAUGUUCGUAGAGAUACCAUGUCCGUUUCCCUUGUUAAAAUCCUAUUUGAUUCUGAAAUUCGACUAAUAUGUGAGUUAUAUAUUGGGUUGCGUUUGUGAGAUAAAAAUGGUGCUGUAUGCAGGCUGAUUCUGUCAUGCAGGUUCCACCAUUUCUGGGUAAAAUCCACGUGUGAAUAUGUGAAAGGCCGUUGUGCACCUCGACCGUUUGCCCUUUCUUAACAGAUAUUCAAAUACAGUGGAUAAUUAUGUAGCAUUAACAUCCUGUAGAAUACCAUUGAAAAAGCAUACUCAAUGUUAUAUCCAUUGACCAAAGCACUUAUUAGUGAGCAAAAAUACAUCCCUGUCUAGACCGGUAAUCACAUUAGGGCAAGGGGGGCGAUUCAUGUACACCUGCUAAUGUGCUGAUCAAAAACAUAAUCUGAAGUACUGUAUGUUAUAUUCUGUUACUCAAAGAAGUAUAAGCUUUUUGUAAUCUAUAUAUAUUUUUUCUAUAAACACGCCACAGAAGAUGAAAGCUUGAAGAAAGUGCAAUCCAACAGUAUUUCUAUUGUUGCAGUGUAUGACGAUGAUGGUGGUGAAGGUGAUGCUGUCAUGAGAGGUUGACAUUUGCCACAAAAAAAUGCACUCUCCCUGGUGGCGUCGGUAUGAUGUGGCCUCUUGUGUUUGUGUGAACUGAGAGAGGUCCGGAAGUAUCCUGCCUCCAUUACUUGAACUGUGGCAUUGCUCGAGCUAUGAAUGUUUUUCAUGACAUGCAGCCUACAUAGCUUAAGGGGAAAGGAAUCCAUGUUGAACUUGGCACAUUUUUCAAGUUUGAGGACAAUAGCUACUCUGUACAGAGAAACUGUAAAACUUGUUUUUUGAGGUUGGUUCAUGGAAGGUGUUUUAGCCUCUUAUAAAAACUCCUCGGGUGAAGCUAAGCAAUGUGAGAUCCUUACCUUUUCUUGCUGAAAGACAAUAAACUGAUGAGGGUUUUGUCGA